GGAAUAAAUAAAUUGACAACGCGAUCGCUGCUAAGUAGACCUGCUGUGAAGCAGGAGCGAUAUAUUACAACUCGCGAUUACAAUUUAAGUGCAUUGUGAAAACAUGUUUUAGUGCCUUUCUACACUUAAUCGGAUUAUUAUUCCCGUGUCACACACUGUGCAUAGUGAAAGUGUAAAAUUAACCUAAACAAAAUGAGUGCCAAAAGAGUGAUUGAUUCAACGAAAGUUCCCGUGCAGGAGAGCGCAGAUUCUGGUUAUUUGUCAGCUACUAUUAGCGGAGGAUUGGAUUCAGGGAUCCUGUCAAGUACUAUUUCUGAAGAACUCAGACUUCCCGAAGAUGUAUCGAGUCCUCAGUCGUCGACACUGUUGAGUGACAAAACUGAAAUGGAUUCUGGUGUUUUGACGGAGGGGCCUUGUGAAGAAUUAAGCAGCACGGAGUUAGAGGAUAAAGUUGGGGAAAUUCAGGCGCAAAUGAAAAAAUGCGAUAUUGAUAGUCCACCGGAAGUCAAUGUUUGCCCUGCAUCGAUACCAGACCACUUGCAGAUUCCCCUUGCUAAAGUUUUCCAGCAGGAUGCGGAUGGUGACAAUGUAUUGCACAUCACAGCUGUUCAUGGCUGCAAAGUGCGAACAGCACUGCUCAUCAGGCUGUGCCCACACCCAUCAUGGCUAGACAUCACAAAUGACUAUGGCCACACAGCGCUACACCUAGCCGUCAUGAGUGGACAUGCCAUAAUAGCCAGAAUGCUUGUCAAAGCGGGUGCUUCCUUCGCCAUUAGAGACCACAUGGGGGAAACUCCGCUGCACACAGCAGUGAAAGCUGGCAAGCGAGACUGCUUACUAGCGCUCUUAGACCCAGUUCCUGACCGUAAAUACCAGAAGGCUGUGUUGAACCAAACAAAUUAUCAUGGCCAAGCUUGCGUGCACAUCGCAGCCAAAAAGGGAGAUAUAGAGAUGCUGCAAACCCUCGUCGUCUACGGUGCCGACAUCAACGCCAAGGACGGCAGCUCAGGCUGGACGCCCCUGCACAUCGCGGCGCGCGCCGGCAACCACGCCGUGUCGCAGUACCUGCUCGAACGCUGUCCCAAAGUGUGGAAGUACGUCUGCGACUACGCUGGACGCACGCCCAUGCGUCUGUCGCGUCGCACCGGCGUUCAUGACUACUUCAUUAAAGCGUACAAGCAUGAUGAUGACGAGGACUACACGAGUGAUGAGGACGACGGUGACGACUUCUUGGAGAUGCAUAAGUCGCAGCCGGUGGCGGUGUGACGACAUUAAGUAAACAACAUUGAACGCGACCGAGCACUUACGUUAUUGUUACGUUAGACUGAAGGGGUGGCCCGUUCACGACAACGCCCAAGCGUGCAAUCUAAACGUUCGUUAAUUGUGUUUCCACUUGAAGGACAAUCUUAUUCAAGCCCGAAGACUUUAUUGUCAAUCUAUGCCGAGUAUUGAGGCUCAAGAUUAAAUGCUCAACUAUCCCGAGGAUUUUUACAUUGAACUUAACUAGGAUUAAAGUAAACUGAGUCUUUAGUGCUGCGUACAGUUAAUCCUUUCAGCUUAUGGUUUCAAGUGGAAAGAUAAUUGUGACUGUUUGUUUAUUUAUUUAAAUUUACGUUUGCUAAGUGCAAACUGUGAUAUUAGAGUUCCGUAGAACCCUUAUAGGAGCCCGUCCGUCUAGUCUAUGUUGUUAGUCUGUGAAAGGAUGGUGUGAAUGAGACCGCGUUUUUUAGAAAAGCGUACAUUUAUUUAAUGAACCCACCAAUAUCGUUGGCUAUGCGUUAACGAUUCUUCCUGUUUGUCAUAGUUCGAAUUUAUAUUUUUUAAAUAGUAUAAUUUUAUGGAUAUAACUUUAGCCUGACGAUUGGCUAACACAGGUCUUCCGUAAUAUUUUGUGAAGACACUAUUAUGUAGUUAGACUUGUUGUUACUAAUGAGCCAACAUUUUUAUCAUUUUUUUGUUUCAAUGGGUGUGAUGAGGUUUGUUGCUGUUGCUGACUAAUUGUCUAACGGAACUGUCUACCAACUAUCAUACUGUCAGUUGUGAUAGACAUUUGUCCGAGCAGAAUUCGUUCUAACUGCCAUGUGUUUAAGAUGAUAAAGAUUCUAUAGAAAUAUAGAAAAUGUAAGAAUCUGACCCCAAAUUGUUUCUAUCUGUUGUAAGACAUCAGGUCAGGGCUGUUACCGGCAAUUGGAAUAGUCAAUAAUUUGUUUCUAUGUUAAUAGUAUGUUUAUGUGAGUGUAAAUUAUUGUAAAUAGUAUAAUAAAUGUGACAACUGUUUCUGAAA